AUGCGCAAGAGUCUCUUUGGCUGCAGCAUUGGCAAGGCGAUGGUACCAAAACCGAAAGAUGCGGUCGAAGACUGCUAUGCAACCUACGAGGAUCUGCAGCGGGGGCUACGCAUGUGCGGCCUCGAGUCCUCCAAUGUCGUCGUUGCCAUCGACUACACCAAGUCCAACACGUGGACUGGCGAAACCUCGUUUGGUGGGAAAUGCCUCCACGACAUUGAUGCGGAGCAUGGCGCCCUGAACCCGUACCAGACAGGGCAGCCGUGCGAGGGCUUCGCCGGCGUCCUCGCGCGCUACAACCAAGUGACCCCGACCGUCAAGCUCUCGGGGCCAACAAACUUUGCGGCCGUGAUCCACGAGACCAUUCGCAUUGUCAAGAUGACGCGGCGCUACCACAUUCUUGUCAUCAUCGCUGACGGACAAGUCACGGACGAGAAGGGGACUGACCGCGCCAUCGUUGAGGCCUCCAACUACCCCAUCUCCAUCAUUAUGGUUGGCGUUGGCGACGGACCGUGGGGUACGAUGUGCGACUUUGACGAUCCGAUGCGGCGCCGGCGCUUCAACAACUUUCAUUUUGUCGAGUUCAGCAAUAGCAGGUCGGCGAGCAACCCGGACAUUGCCUUUGCCACCGCGGCGCUCAAGCAGAUCCCCGAUCAAUACGUGCACAUACGCAAGGAAGGCCUGCUAACGGUGUACCCGGACACGCCUGCGCACUAG